AUGUCAAACCCGUAUCAAACCUGCCCACCAGAGUUUUAUCAACAAUUCAAAAUGUUGCGAAAACAACAAGCGGCCGCACAACAAGCGCCUCAGACUAUUAUGGUUCCCGUUCCUGUCGUCCCUCAACAACGCAUACAACGGAAACCAGCACUGAACCAAACUCUUCAACCGAUGCAAGGGAGAAGAGGUUACGUCUCACAAACAUUCGACGCGUCACAGUACGCGAAGAUGAAAGCGAUGAUGCGGCCUCAAAUGGCGCCACAACAUGUCAUUUAUACGGACCAAAAUGUCGUUCCUCAAAUGGUUCAACCCCAAAUAGCUACUCAACAACCACCAAUGAGAUACGUCAGAUAUCAACAAGGAUAUGACCAACAAAAUAGAGUCGAACAACAACGAAGAGACUCGGGAAGACUUGCGGAGAUUCGUGGACAAAUCGACGCUCUUAACGCGGAAGUCGCGUCGAUCUGUCUAAGAAACGAUUUUGAAGAAGACUAUACAUGCCAAAGAGUAGGUGCAGUCGCCCCAAAUCCAACAGCUAUGAAAUACGGCAGAAUACAAAACCCUACCCACUACCAAGACGAGUUGGCAGACCAAUACGACCCAAGUAAUAUGGAUAUGAACUUCUUCUCACCUUCUAUGUCCCCACAAUCGUUUGUACAAAACUUCCAAGACAACGACGAAUUCGACGACUGGGAGAAUGAAGAAGACUUCUCGAUGAUGCAACCAAUUCAAAUCCAACCCAUUCAACCAAUGAAACCAGUCGCUGUCAGACAAGAACAACCCCUCUAUGUCCCAGUCCAACAAGUCCCCUAUCAAAAUUAUGGACAACUCCAAUAUCAACAACAACAAUUCGUAAACCCACCACAGAGGAACGGAGGCGGAAUGUUCGCUAAUCCAUAUCGAAACAAAGGCGCACAACCAAAAAUCAAAAUACAACCAGUCCAACCCGUUCAACAAGUACAACGAUCGUAUGGACAACAACCACAACAAAGAUUCCAACAGGGCGGACCUUGGCAAAACUCGGCUUUUGCGUACUACCAAUAA